AUGCGCAAUGAUACGUAGUCACCGUCUACGUCACGUGACUUGGAAAAACAACUCCGUUCAACCGAAUAUGUCAACUUGAGAGCCGCUUGGGAGAUUACUCUGACAGGUUUGCAGUGACAGGAGGCUCAGAGGGAAUGGAUGGAUUUCCUGUGAAGGUUACAGAGGCAGCGUGUCUAGGGGCCAGCCUUGCCCUCUCAGGCAUCUGUUACUAUCUCUAUAGGAAGAGCCGGACGACACUAGACAAGCUUGAUGAUGCUCCACACUUCACCAUCGAUGGAAAACUCAAAGAUAUUUUGAAAGUUACCCCAGGAGCGUGUCUACAGUAUGCUGUCGUUGAAGGUGUUGUGCGGCCAGCAGGUGAGCCUCUGACAAGCCACUUCCAAAAAGAGUUUGUUGGAGUGUUGCAGAAGUUCCUGUUGAGAGAGCACAGGCUGGUGUGGAACAGCCUUUCACGCACUUGGGCGGACAGCGAAAGAGUCUUGCACCACAGAGUGAAUGCAGUGCCCUUCGUGUUAGUGGGGUCACAUGAGACCACCGUCAGGGUCCUGUGCCCUCUGCAGGCCUCCGGACUCUACAUGGAGACGACCCACGAGAAGUUCCACCAAGUCAAUUACAGCUUGGGUGACAUCAUAGGACAAUACCUCAGUGGGGAGAAGCUUAAAGGGCAACUGGAGACGGAGGAAAUGCUCAAAGUGGGCACCACGCUUACCGGCGUGGGCGAGUUGAUCCUGGAUCUGGAUGGGACUCUGAAUCUCCGACCCCCUUCAGAUGGCUCGCAGUACUUUUUGAGCAUUACGGACUUUGACACCCUGCUGGGAGAGCAAGAGAGCACCGCUCUGCGGUGGAAGGCGCUGGCCAUUGCCUCCGCUUUGGCGGGGGCAGCGGUACUCCUCUGGGUCGGCCGGCGCUACUACUGCGAACUGAAGGUUCGCUGGGAGAGGGAGCAGGAGAGGAGGGCCUUUGAGAGACUGCAGAGUGAAGGAUCGAGAGCCCGGGCGUCGGUAUCGGGCUCUGAGACUCCUCAAGUCGGGGCGGAGGAGCACAUAGAUAAUGCCUGUGUGAUUUGCCUCAGCCAACCACGUAACUGUAUCCUGUUGGACUGCGGACACGUGUGCUGCUGCCACAGCUGCUACCAGUCGUUCCCCCACCGCCGAUGCCCCAUCUGUCGGCAAAGCAUCAGUCGGGUGGUGCCUCUGUUCCACGUGUGAGGCCCCGUUGUGGAGCUCCACCGCCGUACACACUGUGCUGCACUCGCACCUUAAAAAGGACAACGGUAACUUUAAAUCAAACGUAUUACUCUAAAGAUGACUCAAGGUUUUGAAUAUUGUGCAAACACUUUGUUCCCUGCAGAGUAAUUGUAGAUGAGAAAGAGAGGCGUAAUCGAGGUGUGAGCAACAGAUGUUUGUUCUGUGCCUUACUCUGGUUCUUCAUGUGGCUGCUGCCAUUGUGAUUUAAGUAUAUGUCUCUUAAUAAUUGAAGCUAGGUCAAAAUGAACUACGCCUUUUUUUUCAUCCACUUUCAGUCAAACAUUGUAGCUGAAGUUAUUGAAGCAAAGACACUUAUUGCCAAGACAAGGCUUGAGUGUUAAUUAAUGCACUACAGACUCACGGAAGUGGGUCAGAUUUUGCCUUGUUGAAACAAAUUCAAUAAAGCAUCACUCUUUGAAUUA